UCUGUUACAGUACAGGAUGCUUAUCCUACUCCUCUUAUUGAAGGCUUACUAAGUCGCUUAUCUCCAGUACACUGCAGAUAUGUCUGGACGAAAAAUCGAAACAAAAAACCGCAAUAGCUAUAUCCAACCGUCCUUUAUAUCUAUUUACACGAAUGCCUUUCAGACUAACUAAUGCUCUGCAAACACUUUGUGGAAGUUUGCUAUCUACUAUUUUGACAAGCUUACUAUGCACAAAACAUCGCUAUGAGUGUUCACGAACUAGUGCAGUACUUGAUAGAUGGCAUACAAAAUGUACAACUUAAAAAUCAAGCGAAACUAAUGUGUUUUGCAGUGCCUGCUGAUGUGUUGGAAGCCUUUCAAGAUGUAGAGAAACCCAGAGCUACGGUACAACAAAAUAGGAUGCAAGGAACGUCUUCAUCAAACGCUGCGACCUCGGAACAGAGGGUCAAAUGCUUUAACUGCCCUAGUCUUGGUCAUCUGGCUAAGGACUGCCGUAAGCCAGUACGAGCUGUAGGAGCUUGCUAUGCUUCUGGAGAAGUUCGACACGUGGCUGGAGAGUGUUCAUUGUACAAGAAGAGAGAACAUAGCAACGAAUAUAGUGCCUCAUAGAUUCGGGAAGUCCCGUUUCAUUUCAAAAGAAGUCCGUAGUUCCCGUAACGUAAUCAUUGAAGAGAACAAGUUGAAUAAUACCUUUUUCGGAAUAAACGAAAGUAAACUUAAUAUAAUAGGAAAAACAGUUUGCUUAAUUAAAAGUUCAAAUAAAAACGUAUUAAUUGAAUUGCUGGUUGUAACUGAUGAAUCUGUAAGGUACUCAACGGUAGUAGGACGCGAUUUUUAAAAUUUAAGUAAUUUUAAGCUUGUAGAAUUAAUUAACGAUGGUAACCAUUUAUCUGUCAACCGUCUGUUAACAUCAAUCUGAGCCAAGAAAUAAAAUUAUAGAAUAACAAUAGAUUCAAGUUUCGACACCCGUACUAUUUUGUUAAAGAUUACAUUCAUUUUUUUUCUUAAACUUAAUUGUAAACGUAAAUUUUUGAAUGAAGAACAUAAAUGAAGUCAUUUGUACCCAUUAUACGGUUAAUUUGCCAUGGG